AUGUUCUUGGACCUGAGCUUCAAGAUUGGCUACUUCGAGAUGGGGAAGGAGGGGUUGGGGGAGGAGAGGAGUGGGUCGCAGCACGUGGACGCCGCGCAGAUUAUGGAGCUGGUACGGGCGAAGGUGCGCCCGCACAAGGAGAAGGUGCUGGCGGCUAGGAGGAUGCGGGAUGGGACUGGUGGUAGUGGGGACGGCCGCGGAAGGGGGGAGACUGGAUCUGGAGGGGCCAGCAGCAGUGGCCACAAGGGAGGUGUUGGGGGCAGCAGUAGCAGUAGCAGACUUGCUGCCACUGAUGUCUUCGGUGGUGCCGGGGGGGACAAGAUGGAUUUGGUGGCGUGGCUGGCGGCUUUCCGUAGCCAUCAGAAACAAACUAGUCGCGAUGAAGUGUGGAUCUACAUCGAUGAGCAGAUGGAGCCAUUGGGGGUGUGUCCGCUCACCUACUGGCGCCGUCGGAGCGACCUAGAGGGCCUACAGGCGAUGGCCCUCGAUUACCUCGCCAUCCCCGCGACGACAGCUGCGAGCGAGCGCACAUUUUUGCAGGGCCGCAACCUCAUCACAUGGCAGCAGCAUAGGCUCGACCCUGAGCGCGUGCGAGCCUGCUUUAUUCUCAAGUCUUGGGUUGACUUGAAACCGGGGUGCAGGCUUGGGAAGGCGGCAAAGGAUUUGCUUGCCAAGGCGGAGUAG